CUCUGAAAAUAACGACAGCGUGGCAACGACGAGUGAGUCCGUAGUAUAACCGGGUCGAGUUCGAACGCGCGCAGUACAGUUCAAAAAGUUGUUCUUCGCGGACGAAACUGAACACUCUCAAUAUACGCAAAACACUUGCAACGAAACGAUGAAGUGCACGGUUGGUUUAUUAUUCGUUUUCGCUUUUGUGGCGGUGGCGAGAAGCGAUAAAGAUAAAGAGCUAAAGAUCGAUGUUGUUAGCAAACCGGAACUUUGCGAAGUUAAAAGUAAAUCUGGUGAUAUGCUCACGAUGCAUUACACCGGCACUUUGGCCGAUGGCACAAAAUUCGAUUCAAGUUUGGAUAGAGAUCAACCUUUUACGUUCCAAUUGGGUGUGGGUCAGGUGAUCAAAGGUUGGGAUCAGGGACUUCUCGACAUGUGUGUUGGGGAAAAGCGCAAAUUGACUAUCCCACCGAGUUUGGGUUAUGGAGAUAGGGGAGCAGGAAACGUUAUCCCCGGUGGAGCCACCCUUAUCUUCGAGGUCGAAUUGAUUAACAUCGGCGACUCGGCGCCUACCACUAAUGUGUUCAAGGAGAUCGACAACGAUAAAGAUAAUCAACUUAGUAGAGAGGAGGUAAGCGAAUACUUAAAAAAACAAAUGGUGGCCGCCGAAGGCGAACAACCGAGUGAGGAGGUAAAAAAUAUGUUGGCGGAUCAUGAUAAAUUAGUAGAAGAAAUUUUCCAACACGAAGACAAAGACAAAAAUGGAUUCAUAUCGCAUGAUGAAUUUUCCGGACCGAAACACGACGAGCUGUAAAAAUAGAAAUUAAAAAAAAAUGAAACGGCGAAUAUGUUGUUGCUAUAUUGAAUCUGGGACCUUAAAAAAAGUAAAAGAUCUCAGCUUCGAUGUGCCGUAUAAAUGAAUAUUUAUUUCCUUUUAACAACGAUGGGUGUAUUUUUUUUUAAUUUUAGUUUUUACGGAUUACCAAUAUUUUUUAUUUCAUAUAGUUUUGUAUAAAAGUUCAAACAUUCCGUUUUUUUUCUUGUUCGAGUGAGGUUGUUUAUUUUUUUAAAUAUUUAUAAAGUUUAAGUUUUUGAUAUUGUUAUCUCUUAAAAGUUAUUAAAAAAAAGCAUUUAUUAUUCCUGGUACUAUUUCUAAUGUAUGUCGAUUUUAAUGUAAAAAUAAAGUUUUUUUUAUAACAAUUUUAAA